AUGCUCUUUAAAGGCCGACCCGGAGGUGGAUCCUCUGAGCCCCCGGGAGGGCAGUGGCCCUGCUGCGGCGGCGGGGGACGGGUGCCCAGUGCUGCCACCCCCGUAGGUGACGACCUGCCCACCAUGGGGCAGACCCGGAAGGAUCGGGUCUUCACGGCCCUGCUGUGGGCUGCAGCGGUCUCCGGCCUCACCACGCUCAUCCUGAUCCUGGUGGAGGCCGCCAGAGUCCACCUACCCGCGCACACCAAGUUUGGGAUCGUGUUCGACGCCGGGUCCUCCCACACGUCCCUCUUUGUGUAUCGGUGGCCAGCAAACAAGGAGAACGACACAGGUGUGGUCAGCCAGGCUCUGGCCUGCCAGGCGAAAGGUCCUGGAAUCUCCUCCUACACCUCUGACCCCGCACAAGCUGGCGAGAGCCUGCAGGGCUGCCUGGACGAGGCGCUGGCACUGAUCCCCAAGGCCCAGCAUAAGGAGACGCCCAUGUUCCUGGGGGCCACGGCAGGCAUGAGGCUGCUCAGCCAGAAGAACAGCUCUCUGGCAGAGGACAUCUUCGCAGCGGUCAGCCGGGCCCUGGGCCGCUCCCCUGUGGACUUCUGGGGCGCCGAGCUCCUGACUGGGCAGGACGAAGGGGCCUUCGGCUGGAUCACCAUCAACUAUGUCCUGGGCAGGCUGGUCAAGUACUCCUUCUCUGGAGAAUGGAUCCGGCCUCUGGAGGAGACGCUGGUGGGUGCCCUGGACAUGGGUGGGGCCUCCACCCAGAUCACCUUCGUGCCUGAAGGGCCCAUACGGGACCAGAGCACUCAGGCCACGUUCCGCCUCUACGGCUUCGAUCACAGCGUCUACACCCACAGCUACCUCUGCUUCGGGCGAGAGCAGAUGCUCAACAGGCUCCUGGCUGGGCUGGUGCAGGGCAGCCCGGCCCUCCUGGUCCGCCACCCUUGCUACCACAGCGGCUACCAGGACACGGUGGCCGUGGCCUCUCUGUAUGAGUCGCCCUGUGUGCCCACGGCAGCGCCCCCAGACCACACCCGGAACGUGACCGUGGAAGGGACGGGGAACCCCGGGGCCUGCAUCUCGGCCAUCCGAAAGCUCUUCAACUUCUCCAGCUGCGAGGGCCGAGAACACUGCGCCUUCAACGGGGUCUACCAGCCCCCUGUGCGGGGCCGGUUCUAUGCCUUCUCCAGCUUCUACUACACCUUCCAUUUCCUGAACCUCACGUCGGGGCUGCCACUGGCCGCUGUAAACGCCAGCAUCUGGGAGUUCUGCCAGAGGCCCUGGAAGCUGGUGGACGUGGGCACCGCUGGACAGGACCCCCGGCUGCGUGACUACUGCGCCUCGGGCCUGUACAUCCUCACGCUCCUGCUCGAGGGCUACGGCUUCCGCGCGGAGACCUGGGGCGGCAUCGAGUUUCGCAAGCAGGCCAGCGGCACAGACAUCGGCUGGACGCUGGGCUACAUGCUGAAUCUGACGAGCAUGAUCCCGGCCGAGGCGCCCGCCCCGUGGCGGGCGGAGAGCUACGGCGUCUGGACGGCCGGAGUUGUCUUCAUGGUGCUGACCCUCGCAGCCGUCCUCGGGGCUGCUGCGGUGCACCUCUGCUGGCUCCAGCACUGAGCGGCUGCCCCGACGCUGGACGGCAGAGGCCCAGCUCCCGCGGCCCAGCGGAGCCGUCCCGGCCUGGACCCCUCCUGAGCCCAGCCCCCCCCGGGGAGGGGGGGACUCCGAGGGGCUGGUCCUGUGGGCUCUAGCCCCGCAGGCAGACGGCCACAUUCUGCCCUCGGGGUCGCUCUGGCCAUAGAGGCUGUGCUGUGGCCGCCUGGCUGUGGCUUUGCUCGUCCGUGGCCUCCGAUCCCAGCUCCCGGGGUCCAUCUCUCCAGCAUGUUUCCGAGGGCAGCAGGGGCCUCUCUGCACAAGGACUGCCCGGCUGGACUCCCGCAGCCCCCCGGGACUGUGGCUGCAGACUUACGGCGUGGAGGGCCAGGUAGAGCCUGGGAGGGUGAUUGCUGGCACAGACGGGGCCUGGCUGGAGGUCCCUGGAGGCACACCGGGUUAAGGAUCUGGUGUCCCUGCAGCGACUCAGGUCGCUGCUG